AUGCCCCCAGCGCGGCCCGAGCCGGCUGUUGGUUCUGCCGCGGUCCUGCGCGCGCCCGCUGUCCGGGACCGCUGCUGCACCUUCGCGGUGGACGGGAUAGACUCGGCGGCGAGCGAGGGGGGGAAGCGAGAACUCGCAGGCCCACAGGACAACUGCCCCCGACCGCUGGAUGAGCUUCGCGACUGGACGGGCGAAGAGGUGGACAUGUGGGACUCGGGGGUGAUCAUCACCCCCGCAGAGGUCGCUGGCACGGAGGACACCCUCGUGCAGGUGAUCGUCUGCGUGGACCCGAAGAUGUCCGUGCCUCGGUGGCUCAUAAACGUGGCAGUGCGGAACUUCUGCUUUUUGGUGAUGCUCCAGGUGCGGCGGGCGGUGGCGGCGACGCGCUUGCCGGAGCACCUGCGGGUGACGACCGAUCCCGAGAACUCCUUCUAUGCCUUUAUCCGGCGGCGCAUGGCCGAGAGCUUGCCGACGCAGCUGGCGCUGGCGCCGCCCGUGGCCGGCUCGCCCGAGGCCGCGCCUGGGCGCGCGGGCGCCUCCUUGGGGGCCUGGUGCGGCGAGGAGCGCCUCGGUGCAGAAGGGUUUUUGAUUAGGACCUUGUCUCCUGUCGCCGUGGCCGGUGACCUGGGCACUUGUUUCGACCUGGGCCCGACGAGCCUUGCUAACUUCAAGGACGGCGGGGCUCACCCAGGCACCGCGCGGUGGGCCUGGCUGGCGCUUCUGAUGGCGGCCUUGGCGGCGCUGGCGGCGCGGUAUUUCGCGUGA